CCUCAAGAGCGAGGUCCUUCCAUUGUACCUUCGAAUCCAGCGGUUUCUCGGGCUUGGACACCUCGCAAGGGGCCGGCGUGAGGGCUCACCCCGCAUUUUACCCCAGACGUGACGUCCGUGCACGGGUCAGUUGGGGCGUCUAACCGGAUUGGCGACAUUCCAUUGGGUGGUGGUGUGGUGAUCAAGUGACACGCCGGCCUCCUGGCCAUUCCGCAGGCGUUCUGACUGACCCCUCAUCUCGCUGGCUGCGCCCUCCUUCCUUCCUCUCUCUCUCCUCUCACACACUCUGCUGUGCCUGAAUCUGAAAUCGAACACCUGUCUCCUUCUACACCACACCACCCCCGUAUACACCCAUCCACUGACCCUCCUUGUCUACCCAUACCUCCUCUUUACAUUGCCCUCCCCUUGUCCAGCUCGCUCAACCCUUGCUGAACAGCAGUCAUACCAUUGCGGCCAUGGCAGCUGAAACUCAGAAUACCCUGUCCAAAGUCGACUCACUUGUUGAGGACGCCCCCGCCAAGGAUCUCAAGAAGGGCCACCGGAGAGGCAGCUCGACGGCAACGAAUGUCUUCAAUAUCGCUGACCUAGAGAAGGAGGGCAAGACCAUCAAGAUUGCUCCUGAGACACAGAAGCUGAACUGGAAGCUGAACACCUCGCCUGCAUCAUUAGAUGAGAAGGAGACGUUGAAGAAGCCGCUGUGCACGCCAAUGGUCAAGAAAGUCGACCUCCACUUCCCGCUUGGGCUUGAAGUCACGGCACGGAACCUCAAGGGAGUGACCAUCAAGGAUGCCCUAGACGCCAUCUACAAGCAGUUCAAGAAGAAGGCCGAUGACGAACUCGACCUACCCAUUCUCGCCGGCUUCGAGUGGGAUCCGGAAGAGUGCUACACGCGCUUCAUUGUUCAUCAGAAGAAGGAAGGCGCAGCCGCACCCUCCAAGAAGAAGAAGAAGGGCGGUGACGAGUAAUGAACAACUCGCCCCCAAGCCUUCCCAACACUCGCCUUCUGACGCGGGCCUCUCGGUUCCAUAUUCGUUAUUUCAACAUCUGAGAUAUAGAUAGUGGGUCAUGGAUGUGCGCAUCCGGGUUGCUGGCUGUGAUUCCGAUCUGCUAGGGGAAGCUCUCAGCGGUAUUCGAUCGCCUUCUACUGCUGAUAGUGUGGUCUGCGGGCCGACUUCGGUGCCUGGAGAGGAUCGGCGGUGCGCGCGUGGACUGCGCUGUUGGUGGUGAGGAUUGAGGUAUCGCUCCUGGAAUCUGUUUCUAUCUGACGAUAUAGAUUUUGUAAAGGCUGUCUGCCGGGUGAGAUGGCGGCACCUUAUUCAUCAUCUGUCAUGUAUUGUACUGGGACUUCUAUUUCCGGAUUGCUGGAUGGCGUCCGUUAGAAUGAGAGGACUGGUUUAUUGA